CUCUCUCUUCUCUCUCUCUGUCUUUCUCUCUCUAUAAGAAGAAACUUUUCAUAUUAGUGUGUCUCUUUUGCAUCUUCUCUUUACCUUUUGGUUCUUCAAAAAAGAAAUAAAGAAACCAAGAAGAGGAGAGAACGGAAACUGAGAGCUAGGUUUUGCUUUAUAGGCAUAUAUAUCUAUAACUUACAAAAAGAUAAUAAAAUUCAUUUCUCACUAAAUAUAGUAAUUUCUCUCUUUUAUUGUGUGUGUUGUUUGGGAGUGAUGGGUAAUUGUUUGUGUAGAUUUGAGCCUUUUAAUCACAAAGUUUCUGCAAACGCUAAGUCAGAAUCACCUAAAGAACAGAGUCCAAGAGAAGAAGAGACACAUGUUAAAGAAGUUCAGAAGCUGCCAUCAAAUCCAAAAGAAGUAGAAGAUCUAAGACGUGACUCAGCUACGAACCCUCUGAAAGCUUUCACAUACGAUGAGCUUAAGAACAUUACAGGUAAUUUCAGACAAGACAGAGUUCUCGGUGGUGGUGGCUUUGGAAGUGUCUACAAAGGUUUUAUUAAAGAGGAAGCGGGUAAUCAAGAAGAAGUUCCUAAACCACUCCCUGUGGCCGUUAAAGUUCACGACGGAGACAAUAGCUUUCAGGGUCACAGAGAAUGGCUGGCAGAGGUGAUAUUCUUGGGGCAGCUUUCACAUCCGAACUUAGUGAAAUUGAUUGGUUAUUGCUGUGAAGAUAAUCACAGGGUGCUAAUCUACGAGUACAUGGCUCGUGGUAGCGUGGAGAACAAUCUUUUCUCAAAAGUGUUGCUUCCUCUUUCAUGGGCCAUUAGAAUGAAGAUCGCAUUUGGAGCAGCUAAAGGACUUGCCUUCCUCCACGAAGCAAAGAAACCAGUUAUUUAUCGUGAUUUCAAAACCUCCAACAUUCUUCUAGACAUGGAAUACAAUGCCAAGUUAUCAGACUUUGGACUCGCUAAAGACGGGCCUGUAGGAGAUAAAUCACACGUCUCCACCCGUAUAAUGGGAACUUACGGAUAUGCAGCUCCUGAAUACAUCAUGACAGGUCAUUUGACUCCAGGGAGUGAUGUGUACAGCUUUGGUGUAGUUCUGUUAGAGCUUCUCACAGGGAGAAAAUCAUUAGACAAGUCACGGCCUACACGUGAGCAGAACCUUAUAGAUUGGGCACUUCCUUUGCUGAAAGAGAAGAAGAAAGUGUUGAACAUUGUAGACCCGAGAAUGAACUGUGAGUACCCAGUUAAGUCGGUUCAAAAGGCUGCAAUGUUAGCUUACCAUUGCCUUAACCGGAACCCGAAGGCUAGACCUUUAAUGAGGGACAUUGUGGAUUCUUUGGAGCCUCUUCAGGCCACAGAAGAAGAGGUCUUACUUGUCCCCACAGUUCAGAAAGCAGUUAUUACCAUUAUAGAUGAAAUGCCUAAGAAUGGGUUGAAGAAAGUUGAAGAAGGUUGAAGAGUUAAAAAACGCUCAAGAGGUGAAGAAGGUUAUUGAAGAUGAUAAUUCAUGUUGUAAUUGAUCACUUGGAUUCUUUAAUUUUCUAAAAAGACAAUUUCAAAAGUGAUAACUAGACUGUGUUGUGUGUAUCUUGACAUAUUCAGAUUAAGAGAGAGAGAGAGAGAGAGAGAGAGAGAGAGAGAGAGAGAGAGAGAGAGAGAGAGAGAGAGAGAGA